CCUUCAGGUUUUGGGGUUGGCACUACUGGCACACUGACACCCCCCACAAACCUGAAAUAACUGGGUGAAGAAUGUGGGUGACACCAAAUGUCUGGUUUCUUAGGCAGCCCCAGACUUUUUCCCCAGUAGGCCACACCUGAUGAAAGGAGCUAAAUUUGGGGGGGGGCUGGUGUUUUCUGGGUUCCCAAGGAAGAUGACAUAAGUGUUCUGAUGCCUUGUUGGUAAGGGUCUCUUUAUUAUCCUGGGUGAAGAAUUGGUUUAACCCUUAAGUCUCUGGUUCCUGAUGGAAAAGGGUCCUGAACCACAAGUGUGAACUCACAGCGGUGCAAAUAUGCACAGAUCAUUGUCUUUCAAGCGGGAGUGAUUCCUGAGGAAACAAGGAGCAAAGCUGGGAAGAAGUGUGCCUUUUGGGAGACACGGGAAUUGCACAGACCUCCCCAUGGAAAAGAGGGUCUGCUCUUGAUGGAUAUUUGAACUUUCCUGCUGGGAGAAUCAGUCAUGGCAAAUGGGCUGGUUUGCAUGAGGUAAAAAUGCUGGAAAAACCCUGGGGAGGAGAUAAAUCUCACAGGAAGUUUGUACAUGCUGUGUGGGCUGGGAAAUCUGCUGGGACCUUCCCUGUCACCAGCUUACCUCGCUCCUGGCUUCCUGCACCACUCCCCUUCCCUCUCCCUCCUGCAGAUGAGUAAUGCCACACGUGCUGUGCCCUCUCCUGUGGUACCUGGCACGCUGGGGCCUGACACAGCAGCCAGGCUGGCCUCAGCCCCCCCAUUCUCACCUGUUGCCCUACUUACGGCUGCACACAACAACUCCCAGGAUGGCCAGCAGCUUUUCCUGACCACGACAGCGGCACAGGUCAUCUCUGGAAUCUUCGUGUGGUCAGCGCUCAUCGUCACCUUCCACCAGAUCUACACACACCUGAGGAAUUACACCAUCCCAAAUGAGCAGCGCUACAUCAUCCGCAUCCUCUUCAUUGUGCCUGUCUAUGCCUUUGACUCCUGGCUCAGCCUCCUCCUCCUCGGCAGCCACCAGUACUACGUCUACUUCGACUCGGUGCGUGACUGCUAUGAAGCUUUUGUGAUUUACAGCUUCCUGAGCCUGUGUUUUGAGUACCUUGGAGGGGAGAGCACCAUCAUGACAGAGAUCCGAGGGAAGCCCAUUGCGUCCAGCUGCUUUUAUGGGACUUGCUGCCUUCAGGGUAUGUCCUACUCCAUUGGGUUCCUGCGCUUCUGCAAGCAGGCCACACUGCAGUUCUGCAUCGUGAAACCCCUCAUGGCAAUCAUCACCAUCAUCCUGCAGGCAUUUGGGAAGUACCACGAUGGAGACUUCAACGUCCACAGUGGAUACCUCUACAUCACCAUCAUCUACAACUUCUCUGUCAGCCUGGCCCUUUACGCCCUUUUCCUCUUCUACUUUGCCACCAUGGACCUCCUGCGCCCAUUUAAGCCAGUCCUCAAGUUCAUCACCAUCAAGGCUGUCAUCUUCCUCUCCUUCUGGCAAGGGACACUGCUGGCAAUCCUGGAGAAAUGUGGGGUGAUCCCUGAAGUUCAGAUCAUCGAUGGGAAGGAGGUGGGAGCUGGGACAGUGGCUGCUGGCUACCAGAACUUCAUCAUCUGUAUUGAAAUGUUCUUCGCUUCCAUUGCCCUGCGCUACGCAUUCACGUGCCAGGUGUACAGGGAGAAGAAAGAAAACUCAACAGCAAACCUCGCCCCAAUGCAGAGCAUCUCGAGUGGGCUGAAGGAGACAAUCAGCCCCCAGGACAUUGUGCAGGAUGCCAUCCACAACUUCUCACCUGCAUACCAGCAGUACACUCAGCAGUCGAUGCAGGAGGCAGAGCACAAAGCACCAGGGGAGAAUGGCCACGUGGCCUCCAAGGUAGAUGGACAGAGCAGCAGGAAGAGCAAAAACAUUGAAAAGAGAAUGCUAAUCCUGUCAGAUGAGGAGUUGUAGGAGGUAUCAGAAAAGACACUGACACUGAAGAGGUUUUAACCCAUGCAAAGGGGAGGUGUCUUGAGGCUGAGAGAGCUUGGGCUAAUCAGAGCACUGAGAAGCCAGGAACUCUAUCCAAAAAGCUAGUCUCUCAAAGGGAAGAUGCAAUAACCCAGAAAAGGUUAAGUCAAAUAGUGCCAGCCUCUGCUGUCAUGGAUGGAGCCGUGCUGCCCCACUGCUGCUGUCUCUCUGCCAGCCCUGUGCCAAUGCUGGGGGAUGCCAGGCAGGGAGGGGAGCUGGGUGCAGGAGAACCAGCCGCCCUCACCCUCUUCUUACCUCCAAGCAGUGCUGAAGCCUGAGAGAAAUGCUUUUCUCAGCACAGUUCUGCUCUAGUUUCUCCCAGUUUGAGUAAAAAAUUAUCUCCAAGGGCUCCGUGGAGAAAACCAGCCCAGGAAGGUGACUUCGCUUCACCUCAAAACCCGGUAAAGGUUGAAAGACGUCAUUCCUUUUUUUUACAUCUUUACCCCUCUCCUUCUCAUAGCAAAGCUUACAGAGAUGUGCAAAUGACCUUUACCAUAGAGAAAGUCAUCCUAU